CGGUGGGCGGUCAGUGGUGCGUUUGGUCGGAAAAAAUCUCCGCAAAUAUCAUCCUCAGUUGUUAUGGUUGAUACCAUUAGUUUGUGAAUUUGAAAAUGUACGCUAACCUCAGGAUACCGAAGGCAUAAUGGCAGUGUUCAAUAGAUUAUUUAUAGAGUGUUGAGAUUUUAGAGCAAAGAGUAUUUCUCUAUGCAAUGUGUAAUGAAGAUAACGAUAUAUUUUAGACAUUCGAGUGUUUCCGACAGUUAAGGUGCAACUGUGUCCUAAAUUAUUGAAUUCGAUCCGCGCUGGCGUUGAACUUCUACAUAGCAGAUGUUACAUACUUGAGGGAAAAUCAUGUGCUUGUGGAAUAAUUGUGCAAUUCGGUGAGCGACCGAGAUCAAGAUAGACAUGUAAAGGUGAAUGAAAAUCCGAACGAACAAAUAUUUGAAAUAACUCCGACGUUUGAUUCGUGCUUAAUUUAAGUUCGUUGUUAGGGUUGCGUGGGUGUCGAAAUUGUCUAUCAAUGCUAGCCGUUCCUGAUGCACGGUCAGAUUUGGCCGGAUGCAGUCGAGAGCCAAUGCCGGUAAUAAUUAAGCACCAGGUGCGUCGAAAUCCAUACGGAUUUACUGCCAUCGAAGUGGAAUCUGGGCCGGUGUCGAAUACUAACGGUACUAAUAAUGGCGGUCGAGGUGGGUGCCGACAGCGGAGAGCCGGUGCCCCUGGUAAUUCACGUCAAAAUCCGUCCCAAAGUGAAAAUAGCUCCUGCCUCAGAGAUUGUCUGCUGUGUAAAUGCUGUAACAAAAGUGGAACGGAAGAAACCACGCAAGCAUCCGAUGGAGAGGAGAGCGAGGAGUUUGAAAACUGUGAGCUCGAGGAAAUCGUUACCCUACCAAAGUACCGCCCGGAAUCGAUUGCGGCUCUGUGCGAGGCGACGCGGUUUACCGAGGCGGAAAUAAAACGAAUCUACCGCGGCUUCAAGGCGGAAUGCCCGGCCGGCAUCAUCCGGGAGGAGACGUUCAAAUUCAUCUACUCGCAAUUCUUUCCCCAGGGAGCGAAUACAAGUCUAUACGCUCAUUAUGUGUUCAACACUUUAGAUAAGGAUCACACUGGAAUUCUUAGUUUUGAGAAUUUCGUACAGGGUCUAUCGAUACUAUCUCGCGGAUCGCUGGAGGAAAAACUCAGUUGGACGUUUUCGCUGUACGACAUAAACCACGACGGGAAAAUAACUCGAGAGGAAAUGACUGACAUCGUGAUUGCUAUCUAUGAGCUGAUGGGGGCUCGUGAAGACGGCGGCACGGAUGACGCACAGAUCAAAAGUAAAGUAGAAAAAGUAUUCCUGAAAAUGGAUACAAAUCGCGAUGGUGUGAUAACCAUAGAGGAAUUUCUCGACUGUUGUCGGAAAGAUAAGCUUAUCUCAGACUCAAUGGGUGUGUUCGACUCAACUAUAUGACCUUUGGAAAAAUUACAUUCACUUCCUGCGUUUGUUAUGGGCCAUGGGGAGACCACCGACAGUCUAAACGGCAUCAGUCAGCAUACUGAUAUGUAUAAAUCGGAUUCAUCGAACGGACCAAGGACAGAGGAAAUCCAAAAGACUGCCACCAUACCAAAAUCACAAACGUCAGCCAGUAAUGCUACGAGCAAAUCCACCCGUGCAAGCAGUCGCAAGCAAUCAAUCCUGAUGAAUGGCAGAGCGAAGCAGAAGCCGAGCAGUAUUCGCUAUCAUCAUCAUCAUCACCAGCAGCUCAAACACUACCACAUUCCCUUCGAUACGUAUCAACAGCAAUCGACACGUCCCAUGUAUUGUCCCCGAAGAUCAUACCCGUCCGGGUGUGCCGACUUCCCACCACAGAUGACCGGUGGGAUCGCCACCAUCACCCCACUUGCCACGGGUCAAUGCCGACCGGUGGAGCUCCGGAGCCACCCACAACCGGAGAUUCCUACUUUGGUUAAGGUAAAAUCCUGGUAUACCGUUUCCAAGCAAGGCUUGACGUACUAAAAAAAACUGUCCGGGAGCUUGGACUUUGCAACAGUAGCUUUAAACUGAAUGUAGCCUUUGGAUUCGAAUCCGAAGUGUUAUAGUAAAGAGUGUUGUUUAUAUUGUUAGGCGAAAAACUGUUCCCAACUUAGUUCCCUAUGUAGUACUCCAGUAGUGUUACGGAUUUAUGCUAGUCAGAUGUACCGAUCUCAUGAAUGGUUUUCUUGUGAGCACCAAGUUGUUUAUCAGGUAAUAGAUUUUCCUUUGUUAGCAAUAACAGUUACGAAGGCAGUUGUCGAUGCGUCGAUAGAGUUCAUAUGAAAUAUGGGUUCACCUAUUCCUUUGGUUGUAUAAUUAUUAUUUUUUUACUUUUUAUCCUUAUAAAAGUGUGCUCCUCAAAACAGCUUAUUGUUAAAAUCAGUUUGAUUUCAUUUAAUUCAUUUAAUAACUAUAGUAUUUUACAUUUUAGUGCAUUAACACGCGGUUUUCAAUAAAACGUAGAUUUUUACUCCAGCAAAACAAUGGAAUCAAUAUUCUUUAUGGAUCUUUUAACUUACAGUUACAGUGGUAAAAAAAUCGUUCGAUAAUGCCCUAACCUGAUUUUGAAAAUAGCAAAAUCAAGAAAUCCAAGCUGUUACUUUCAUUAAAAUUCCUACCGGAAUCACUUGCACAAGCCAUUUGAAAAUAUCGUGAUUUUCACAGAAUUUACCUAAACUUUUAUUAUUUCAAUAGGUUUAUUUGACAGCGGUAACACAACUGAGUCUUUUAUGAUUUUACAAAAAGUGAGACUAAAAGACAUAAAAUGAUUGUCUGCCGAAUCUUGUUGACGCAGUUUGCUGCUGCAUGUUCAGAUCAUCUUCUUUGGUGGUGAAGCAUUAGUUGCAUUAUCCGCCGCAUCUUGGGGGUUAUGUUGUCUACCUUCUAUCGCGAUAUCGUUCACGUACAUGUCGUCAUCGGUACUGCUUUCUUGCUGCUCAUGUUCAGAUGUUCAUAUUUGUUUCUUGUCGCUGCGGUAAAUUCGAUUUCAUUGGCAGUUGCUUCUUUAUUGGUGAUGCGGGUUGUUGAUUUGGAAGUGCUUAUCGCUGUCAUUGUUUCUUCGCAACUAGUUGAUUGGGCGAUUGUAUUUGGUUUAUUUACAGAUGUUUUUGACUAGUUCAUUCGGGACAUGUCGUGCCUUAGUGGUACUUCUGGUUACAGAAUUGACACGUGUGGGUCUGCUCCGGCUGUGUGAUCAGCGUUGUUUGCUUAUAGGUUACGCCAUACCUCGGUGAUUUGGACUCGAUAGUAAAAUAUUCUCACAAUUCGAACGCCGUUGAGAAUACUGGUAAAAAAAAUUCUCCAAGUGUUAUUCGUAACAGGUGCCUCUUCUUCGUAUCGCGCCAUAAUUCGUUUGAUGUAAUCGUUUUAGUGUGCUGUGCUAGAUCAUGUAUACGAACAUCCACCAUAUCAUUGUCCACAUACAAAGGAUCUUGUUUCUGAUGUUAUUGCAUGCGACAUUAUGUUACAUGUUGUUCUUCGCAAUGAAUUUUUCUGCCUGGACUAAACUUCUAAACGCAAUCAACAUCACCUCCUGAACUGUGGGUUUAACACGAAUUGCCUUAAAGUAAAUUGAAAUUAUGUUAGCAAAAUGGUCAAAAAGUCCCGAAGAUAUCCAUUAAUAUCCAAAAAAUAUUUCUGAACUAAAAAUUACUAAUAUUUUUGCCUUUUUCAAUAGAAAGGUAUUGUAAUUGCUCUUAUUAACGGAAGCCCGAAGGGCUGAGUGAAAUAUACCAUUCGAUUCCGUUCGUCGAGUACGGCAAAUGUUUGUGUGUGUAUGUAUGUGCGUGAAUCCUUUUUAUAGUAAGGUUUAAAAAGUUUCAAAAGCCUGGCCUGUAGUUUAUUGGCACUCUAUGGGACUCACGUUUACUUUCGUGCCUAACCACUAAAAACAUUCCUUACUUUCUACGCCCUUCUUUCCUAUGGAACUACGUCAAGGUUUUACUUCUGCUCUAUCUCGGAACCUUAUUUGGUCCAUGAAAUGGCUCGACCUUUGAGCUUUGACUUAACUCUCGAUUCUUCUCUUCCGGGUGGAGCGUAGCUUCCGGCUCACUGGUGCCCUAACGGCCCACUACUACUAUUCGACGCGGUCUGCUCGGUCUAAUCCCCCGCAGUGGAUCUAGCCCGCUCACGAGCUGCCCGGUAGAGUGCCUAGGUUAAUCCAGCGAUUCCGGUAACACCUGACGUCCGGUUCGCUGGCGCACAGACAACCCGAACCCGUUGCUGUGUCGCGUACUACUCAACUGGUUCCCGACGACGGACCCAGUCUACACUGUUGGAGAGUUCCCUGGCAGCUGAAUUUGUUCCGAAACCCGAUUUGUGGUCACACGGCGGCGUUCUAGCCAAUGGCGCUACUUUGUUGGUCCCUUCGCUACUUCCUCUGCAACUCGGAGAGUACUCUGUUGACAGCGUCCCAGAAAUGUUCGUCGUGGCACAUCUCUUCGAUGAUAUUGCCCACUGUUAUACCAGGCGUACCACUUCAGACUUCUUCGAACCUAGGGCAUUCGAAGACCACGUGUUCCUGUGUCUCUUGCACGUUCACACACUCCGGGCAAAGGGGUGAGGAAGCGUGUCCAAACCGAUGCAGGUACUUCCGGAAGCAUCCGCGCCCGGACAAAAACUGCGUCAAAUGGAAGUUCACCUCUCCAUGCUUCCUAUGUGCCCAAGCAGACACAUUUGCCAUGAGUCGGCUUCUCCUCCUGCUCCUCUGUGAUUCGGCAUGAUCUUUGCCAAUGCGUUAGUUGUCCUCGCAGCCUUCUCACAUACAUAGUGGACAUGGCUGUUGUGAAUUAACCGAUCGUCGACCAUCACACCCAGGUGCUUGAGCGCACGCAUCGAUGGAAUGGAUUGUCCUCCGACGCUGAUCUCGACACGCUGUAUUUUUUACAGUUGCUGACCAGCACUACCUUGGUCUUAUGAUGAACCAGCUGCAACUUGACGCUAGCCAUCCAGGUUUACACGAUGCCUAUUUUCUCUGCCGUCAACACCUCCACCUCCUCAAGGGUCUCGUCCGUUAUCGUCAGGACAACAUCAUCUAUAAAGUCGACGAUCUCCACUCUACUGGGCAGUUCCAGUGUUAACACUCCGUUGUACAUUAUAUUCCGAGGCGUCGAGCCGAGUAUGGAGCCCUGAGCUACUCCCGCCGUGAGCCUAAUCGACCUCUUUCCCAUGUUCGUUUCGUAGACCAGUAUUCGGUUCUGGAAAUAACUUAAGUGCUACGGCGAUCGCCCCCAGCUAGUACUGUUGAACACGUUCUUCACGUUGAUCGUAACCACGGCGCAGUAGCGAUUACCCCUUCUCUUUUGCUUUAAUGCUUUCUCCGCGCUCGCGAUGACUGUGCGGAUGGCGUCCAACGUCGAUAUUCCUUAAGGCAUUGCAAAAAAUGUUUUUUGAAUUCUCGAAGCCCCCCCUCUCAGAUUGUGACAAAUGUCAAAGUAAAGUCGGAUGCCAAAUUUCACAUCAUUUGGACAAUUCUAGACUCCCGCUCACUUCGCUUGAAAGUUUUUAAAAUUGGUACUAUGCGAAAAUAUGGAGGAAAAUAUAUUAAAUGCUAUAACUUUUGAAGUAGCAAUCAGAAAAUUACAAUUUAUACCUCUUUGGCCCCAAAAUCCCCUAUUUUUUCUGCUGUGUGCUGCAAAUCAUACAUAUUUUGUAGUUUUUCUAAUGUGAAAAAAUCUCAGAAAACGAUCGGAGCCUUUUUGACCUUUGUCCGAAUACGAGAAGUUGGGGUUAUAGGGCCUUUUGUCAUUCAUAUUAAAUUUCAUCAUUUUCUUGUGCAUAUAUCUCUAUUAUUCUUCACUCAAUUUUAAUAAUCUACCCAAGUAGCAAUUGGAACUUGUUGAAAGUUUUAAAUGUUGCACAACUGCUAUACAAUAUUUUUUAUUGUUGGAUAUAUUUGAAAAUAAUUUUCACGGGUUUUAAACUGAUUGUGCAACUAUGUAGCUAUAGAGCUGGCCAAUGGUGUUAAGUUGUGAAACUAAUCAGAACGUGUGCUAACUUGCACAGACACUCUAACAAGUUGCAAAUGCCUCUUUGUUUGCCAGUCCUCUCUAAAACAGAACUGUCCAACUACCCAGUGCUCGACAAAUGGCACAACUAUUGUUUUCAUUAUUUUGCUGCAAUUAGGAACAUGUUGCACAACAUACAAACAAAGUGCGCUUUUUCCAUGACAUAGUUGUUACCAAGAGAGUUACAAAUACUAUACAGUAACAAAGUGUGCUACUUAGGUAUACUUUGUUUAACGUGGAAAAUCCUUAGGAUCAUAACAAAAAUAGAUUAGUUAAAAUUCAGGAACAUCAAUUUAUCUGACCUAUAGUGCCGAUUUCACAUUUUUAUCAUAAAAUCGCACAUAUUAACUCCAUUUAACAACAAAAUUCUUAUUUCAUUUACAACUUUUACUGUGAAAUACGUUUAGGGAUCACAUGAGAAAUGUUUCAUUCCUGGAAAAAUAGGGGAAGUUAAGGUAUUAGGAUAAUUAAUGAAAAAAUGAGAUUUGUAGAGUUAAUAUCAAAAAGUUUGAUGUUUCCGAAUUUUACCUCUAACGUUUCUAUUUUUGUUUUAUUCCUCAGAAUUUUCCACGUUCAACAAGUUACAUUUUAUGAAAAUUGAUUGAAGAUGCAAUAUGCACGAGAAAAUUGUAAAAUUUUAUAUAAUUGACAAAAAGUCCUAUAACCCCAACUUCUCGUAUUCGGACAAGGGUCAAAAGGAUUCCGUUAGAUUUCUGAGAUUUUUUCACAUUAGAAAAACUGCAAAAAUAUGUAUGAUAUCUUGGAGCAGAAAAACUAUUGAAAAUAGGGGAUCUUGGUACCAAAAUGACCCACUACCCCACUUUCCCCUUUUUUUCAGAAACAAAAAUAUCUCCAUUCAAAUACUAAGAUUAUUUUCUUUAAAAUGAGGUAUAAAUUGUAAUUUUCUGAGUACCACUUCAAAAGUUAUUGCAUUUAAUAUAUUUUUCCUCCAUAUUUUCCCAUAGCGCCAUUUUCAAAAAAUUCAAGCGAAGUAGGCGGGAGUCUAGAAUUGUCCAAAUGAUAUGAAAUUUGGCAUCUGAGCUUACUUUGACAUUUCUCACAAUAUGAGAGGGGGCCUUUGAGAAUUAAAAAAAAUUGCAGUACCCUAAUAUACCUUUCCGGAACCCGAACUGCCUCUACGUCAGUCCAUUCACGCAUUCAGUGUAGGACGUUAGUCUGUUGAGGAUGACCCUUUCCAGGAGCUUACCGAUAGUAUCCAGCAGGCAUAUAUGAUGCUGGAUCUCCUGUUGGUUUCUCUGGUUUUGGCAGCAACACCAGCUUCUGGGUCAUCCAUCUAUCGGGGAACUAGCCAUCGUCCAGGUAUUUUUGUAGGACUAUCCUGAACAUGUCAGGAAACGCCAGGAUCGCAGUCUUCAGUACCACAUUGGGGAUACCAUCCAGUCCGGGAGCUUUCUGCGCUUUCAGCCCUUUUGCUACUAUUAGGAGUUCGUCGUUGAAAACUUGAUUGUCACCAGCAUUUGCUAUGCGGUUAGGUUGUGCUUCGAGAAAAGGCCCUCCACGAUAAUUUUUAGCUUAUCGGCGCACAUUUCGACUGGCGUCAUUGGACCCUUGAUCCUGGCCAAAACGAUACGGUAAGCAUUGCCCCAGCGGUUAGCGUCUACUUCUCUGCACAGCUCCCUGUAGCAGGUGGACUUGCUUAGCACUAUCUCGCGUUUAAAAAAGGCUCUGGCCGCCCGGAAUGUUAUCUUACACUCUUCUCUGACUGCCUCAGAUCUCGCUCUUUGAACGCGAAGCCUGGAGGAUGCCUAGCCUUUCGUUCCACCAGUACGCCGGAAACCGAUAGUUCCUCGGCUCCAUUUUCCUCGGCAUUGUUACAUCGCAUGCCCUAGCUACUGUUUCCGACAGCUCAUCGGCAUUCGGAAUUGGAGUGACGCUGUCAGUACGAAGUGCUUCCACAAAAAGGUCCUUGUCGAAGUCCUUUAUUUUACACUUCCGCUCGCCAGUCCUCACUCUCGGCGUUACCGUACAAUUUCUCCGACCAUUGAUGUAGUCUAUCGCUUGGUGGUCACACUGUGUGUACUGCUCACUAACUCCCCAAUUCAUGUUAUCCAUCAGCAACGCGCUGCAAAAUGUUACGUCGAUGAUAGAUUCCCGGCAGUCUUUACGGAAUAUGCUAGCGGAACAUUCAUUGCACAGCUAUACGUCCAGCUUCGCCAGUGCUUCCAAUAGGCUGUAACCUCUUGCGUUGGUCAGCCCGCUACCCCACUCCACAGCCCAAGCGUUAAAAUCUCCUCCUAUAAUAACCGGCGUUCGCCCGACUAACGAGUCGAUUAAUGAGUCCAGCAUCCGGUUGUACUGCUCUGGUAUCUACCGUGGAGGAGCAUAACAGCUACACACGAAUACGCCGUUGAUGCUGGCGAUCACGAAACCUUCGUGUGUGCUAUCCACCAUCACUUGAACAGGGAAACCGCCCAUCACUUGGAUUGCCGCCGCACCUGCACUAUUCACCACCCAGAUAUCGUUAUCGGGAGGGACACGAUACGGCUCUGCAAUAAAUGCAACGUCGCACUCCGUUUCUGUUGUUGACUGCCACAACAGUUGAUUUGCAAUGUCACAAUGAUUGAGAUGAGGCUGGGGUAUCUCCAUCAUCAUUGGCCUGCCUCCGCCUUUUUGUACUCUGGGCAUAAGAAGGCUCCCGUUAUGAGGUCUUUUCCGCCCUAAUUCGUACAGCGAAAGCACUUUAGUUGCUUUGUGCACUCUCUAGCAAUGUGUCCCUUCUCCCCACAUUUUCACAAUGCGCCAUUUCUUGGCUUGUUCUAUUAAACAGCCAAACCGAAAAAGGAAGAAGAAGACAUCAGCAUAUAGAUAAACGUUACACUAAACGAUUUUAUAAAUAAAUGCACACCAAUGCAAUACCCCAGUGUAUAAUUUAGUUAUUUUAUUUCGUAUUUUCGAAGAAUUUCCGUUUGUUGUUUUUUUGUGGACUCUAUCGUGAUUUCAUCAUUCAGUUACACUACACCAGCUUUUUCACUUGAAAUUCUAUAAAUUGUGUGCCUUUUCUAGUUUUCGAUAACAUAGCCAGCUUUCCACUGAAUACUUUAAACAUUAGAUGAAAAUACUAGAUAAAACCACACACCCACACCAUGUUGUACAAGAGAUUUAGUGAAAACCAUGCCGUAGCCAUUCAUCACUGUAGUGAAUAUUUACCCUAUUGUGAAAGCAAAAUCCUAAAAACACUACAGUAUAACUAAUAGAUACAAAUGCAGAUUUCUGACCCAUGUUCAAACAAAUAAUAACAAAUAUCCUUCACGGGACCCAAACGAUGAAAAGUACAUAUAAACUACCAAUUUUGCCAACAAUAUCGAAAGAACUAGUCGAAAACUGUUUGUCGUUUUUGUAGAAAUCAACUGAAAAUCAAAGUUUUUAAAACAUUGUGAUUGGAGGCAAGUGUAUUUGAAAUAUUUUCGUUCUUUUAUAUAGAUGUAUAUUGUACACAUUUUGAUGACAUUUUGAGCUGUAAUUUUUUCAUGUUUUAACUACAAGAAAUGCAAUGAUGAUUUAAGAAACCAGAACAAAUGCAACAACAGCAAUGAUGACUACAACUAUUUCAAAAACCGACGAGUUUUCUUGAAUUUCUGGAACUAGAGGUUUGAAUUGAUAGAUCAAUUUUCAUACUGAUUGUGAAAUCCUGACGGUUGACGUUUAUUGAUUUCUUUUACUAUCGCAGAUAACAGGCGUUUAGGUUUAACAAAAUUUAUUUAAAUAUCUGAUUAAAUAUUGAAAUCGAUGUGUGUUGGAAAUUCAAGUCUGGUUCUCAACCUUAUUUGCACAGCGGACCACUUCGAAGUUACCCUGAAUUGUCGGGGACCCCUUCGAAAUCACCCACGGCUUAACAUCGAUUUCGUGUGCUGUCAAUAUAUUAUUUUCAGCCAGUUACAAACAAAUUGAAAUUUUAAUGUCUAUCCAGAAAAGAUAUUCUUCUUCGCGGACCCCCAGCAACGGCUUACAGGCCCCUGGAGUCCGCAGACCCCAGGUUGAUCGUUGGUGUCGAGAAACAUUGGUAGUUUGAUAUUAUGUACUGCAUAUUUAAAACUUGACUAAAAACCAAAAAAAAAAUCAUUCAACAACAUGAACAACACACUUUUAAUCUUGAAUCAUGCUCGAUCAAACGGAUACAGAAGGGAAGGGCAAGAUGGAAGUGUUUCUAAUACAAACACAAGUUAGAAUGCCGUCAAAUUGCAUAUCACAACAUCCCAGUACGUCCGGUCGGAAAAUAAACCGGCACUCCAACUGGCUCAAAUCAGAAUUUCUGCCCCAGCAACAAAUUCGAUUCUAAUUAGAAUUUAAAAUGGAUUUAUUGGGAUUGUGAUGUGCCGAAAGAAACCAAAAUUGAGUGGUUGCUUUUGUUCUCCUUGUUUUUGCACAUCUUUACAAAUACUACAUGUCGAUUUUUUCCACGCCAGUUGCCCAUCUUCCUCAAUUUUGAAAUGAUAAUUUUGUGCCUCUUUUUCUCAAUCGUUAAAACAUCUUUUUUUUGGAAUUUUUCCAGAAUAAGUUUCUUUAUUGAUAGAAUGUGAUCUAAAAAUGACGAUUUGUUUGCAAUUUGCGAGUAAUGCAUUAAUGGACAAGCAAAAUUUGUAACCCAUAGCUGUCCAUCUUUAACAACUUUUCUCGACAGAUUUUUAUGUUGAUAAUACCGUAAGAAAACACGAAGUAUUUCUGUAGGUAGGUUUGAGAUAACUUUAUUUGAUUCUUGUUCGUCAAGUUAUAUAAUGCUAACAUAGUUCGAUAUCGAUUGAUAUUUCAUGCACUGUUUAUCACAGUCCCUUAUUGACUGCCAUACCCUGUCAUACCCUCUGCCUAUAGUAAACAACACAUCCAUGCGCGGCGUCCAUAUGCAAAAGCUCAAGUUACCCACUUGAAGCUUUUGUCACAUGACGUUCUGUCAGAUGACAUCUCAGAGCUUUUUAUAGCACGUUCCAUAUGACAGUUCUUACUGUCAACUGCCGUCCCGUGAAUGGCAAAUUGUUUAUAUAGAAAGAAUAUUUCGUACGUAUAUCACUGCGAAAUAUUCUUUUUCAACACUUCCCCACAAUUUGCACAUUCAAUACACCGAAUAACUUUCUGUGUAUAUUUUUAGGUAACCCCUUAGUGAAGGCAUCUGCAGGUUGAUCGACACUUGGGAUGAACUGUAGUUUUACUUUACCAUUUUUGAUGAGAUCCCGGAUGAAAAGGUAUUUGAUAUCCAAGUGUUUCAUCCGUUGAUGUGAUCUUGGCUCCUGUGCUAUGUUGAUACAUGGGAUGCUAUCUUCCAUUAUGAUGAAUGGUGUUAUGUUUACAUCCAAUUCAUUGAGAAGUUGUGUUAACCACACUCCUUCUUUCGUAGCAGCGCAAAGUGCUAUCAGUUCUGCUUCACUUGUUGAUAAGCUUACAGUCGGUUGUCGUUUCGUUGACCACGAAAUAAGAUUACCGUAUAGUAGAAAUGCGUAUCCUGAAACUGAUUUCCUAUCAUCAGGAUCAUUUGCAAAAUCUGCAUCGGCAAAUCCUACUAAAGCUGGAUAUUCGCUAUUUGAUGAAUAAAUUAUUUUUGUGUUGCUCGUUCCCCUCAAAUAUCGCAAUAUUCGUUUUAAUCCUGACCAGUGCCAAUCGGUGGCGCAGUUAGCAUAUUUGCUUAGGGUGUUUACCGCAGAGCAAAUAUCAGGUCUAGAAGUUAGUGAAAGAUAUUGUAGGCAUCCCAGCAGUUCUCUGUAUGGCUCUUCAGUGAUUUUUGCCUCAGAUUUUGACCAUUUCGUGUUGAUAUCCAAUGGUGUCCCCACUGGUUUACAAUCAGCCAUCCCAAAUCUACUAAGAAGUUUCUCCACGUAUAUUGUUUGAGAAAUUUCAAUAGUCUGGCUUUCCAAAUCACGAUUUAUCUCCAUUCCCAGGAAGUGCUUAAUCUCUAACAUGUCUUUCAUUUGGAAUAACCUUCCAAGUUUCUUUUUAAUCCACGUAAUUGCUUCGAUGUUUUUGGCAAGUAGUAAAAUGUCGUCUACAUAUAGUAUUACUAUGAUGCCUCUAGAUUUUGACUUAUAGAUGCAGUUGUCAUUUUUGAGAGGGACAAAACCUAGUGUUUUCAUUGCAUCAUCAAAAUGUUUAUUCCAAGAUCUGCUUGCCUGUUUCAAUCCAUACAAACAUUUGUGUAGACGAACAGUUUGUCUUUGCCCAUUUACGUUUGGUGGAAGUUUCAUGUAUAUUUCUUCUUCUAACUUCCCAUGUAGAAAUGCAGUUUUGACAUCCAUUUGAUGUACUAACAAUUUACGCUCGUUAGCAAGGGCUAGUGCUAACCGAACACUCUCUAGUUUGGCGACUGGUGCAAAUGUUUCACAGUAAUCGAAUCCAGGACGCUGUGAACACCCUUUUGCCACUAAUCGUGCUUUAUAUCUUCCAUCUUCUUUCAUUGAGAAAACCCAUUUUGAGUUAAUUGGUUUAACUCCUUUUGGCAAACAGUUAACCACUGCACAGUGGGACGAGCCCGGACUUAAGUCCGUAUAUGAAGGUUAUGCGAUAUUCCCACUAGUGUUUUGCUCGUAUCAGCUGAGCCAUCAGAGACAUUUUCGCGAGAUUUUAGGUGAUUUGAACGUAAAAUGGAUUUUUGACAGCUUUUUGAAGGUCAUAACUCAAGUGUUUUUUGCAUUAUUUGACCAUAGGAACUACAUACGAUUAUUUUCAUUUUUCAAAAAAACGGUUGAUUUUAUGCAUUGCAUUACUUCACCAAAAUUAUCCGUGUGAUAAAAUUACAUCGUAAAAUCGCCAAAAAUUAGUCACUAGUUGGUUUAGUUAGUGUUUAGAUAACUGUUUGUCAUGAUUUUUUAUUGAAUUCGAACUUCUAAUGCGAUAACAACAACGACGCCCGUGAAUGCCCGCGAUCACACUAUACUCAUUCGAAAGCUUUUAAUUUUCUCUUUAAAAUGAGUCUAUGCUAGUUUUGCGAAAACUUGCGAUAAGCAAUCAAAAUUUAAAAAAACUGUCAAUGGAGACGCAUGAUUAUUAGUGAUAUUGAAUUUGAAUAAUCACUUUAUAGCUAGAAUAAUGACAUUAAUACAUACACAACUUUCAAAUAGCAUUGAGAGCAUGAUCUACAAGGGUUAUUCUAGUGAUCAAGAAUAAGAAACCGAUUGGGAAGUUUGGUUUUUAGGUGGUAAAGGUAUUAAGAAUGUUUAAAAAUCAGUAAAUAUUCUCAACCAUCUGAAAUAUGUCAAAAUGUUUCUGGAACUAUUUUUGCUAACUUAUGCAAUAACUGUCAAAUUGAGUGAACACAGUUGAGUUCUAGUUAUUUGGUGAGACUAUUUUGAUCCGAGUUUGCAUAGCACUGAUAUAGCUUAAGGGUAUGCGAUAUUAUCCAUGUAAAAUAAGACCAUUUUUAAUUUUUACGCGAAAAAAGGGGUUUGGAUUUUUUAUUUAAGAUAUGAAAUAAGCAAUCUAAGUAACUUAAAACACACCUGUGAAAAAAAAUCUUGUUGAUUAGUGAAUGUAAAUCAACAUUCCACUAAGACGCUCAAAAUGUUUGUUUUGGAAAUGAAUGAAAAUGUAGUUUUCAUGUCAAGUAACCCAAUAAUGAAUUAAACGUCCCAAAAUUAGUCUAACACAUCUUAUUUGAUCCUUAAAAACAAAAUAGUCAUUUCUAAAACCCCAUAAUGAGAUGACAAUCAAUUCGUUUCAAUGUGGAAAAUAAAUUUCAAAUUUACUAUUGAAAAAAAUCAUUACAAAAGACAAUAUAUUUACUUUUGAGCCACUCUAAUAAGUAGUAAAGUUAGUUUCUAUUUUCAUAACCAAAAUAGCGCACAAAAAUUUCUUUAAAAAAAUUUUGAACCUUCACAACAAAAUAAUUAUUUUUGAGCCACCCUAAUGUAUAAUGAAUUUUUUUACAAGUGUUCAUAUAAAAAACGAUUUAGCACACGAAAAUUAACAUACACAAAUUUUAAGAACGAUUUCGAAAAAAAAAAUUUUUGGGCACCCUAAUGAAUGGUAAAUGUUUAUUUUUAAAAUGUUUUAAUAUCAAAAACGAAUCCAGCGCACCAAAAUUACAUAAAAACGUCCUAUUUGAACCGAUGCGGUAAAGUUUGGACUUUAGUCCACCUUUUGUUCUAAGUCGUGCCACUGUGCACUGUCCAAGUGCCAUUUUGAUGUAAUGCAUCAAACUCUUCUUGAAUAGCAUGCUUCCAUUCUUGCCAAUCAGAAACUUUCCUCAAUUCCUCAAUAGUUUGCGGAAUCUCUUCGUUGAAAAUCAUUGCUGUUUUUGCUGUAUAAUCGGAAUACCAACCCGGUAUCUUUCUCUCCCUCUUGCUUCGACGCAAUGAUUGACCAUCAUCGACGUCCUCUCUUUCGUCUGUUGGAUUUUCAUUUGUACUUUCAUAGUCAGUUUCGCCAACUGAUUCUUCAAGUGAAUCUAGAUUAUCUUGCUCUGUUUCGAUGAGUGUGCAUUCUUCAUGCUGUUCUUCAUCAGAAGGAAGGAUAGCAUCAUCCUCGUCUUCGUUCUGUUCUCCUUGGUUUAAGCGUGUACAUCUAAUUAAAUCUUGACCAGAUGAUUCUACGAAAUCCAUGUUUGUGUGGUCAAUAUCUUGAUUGGCUCUGGUAGAUUCAUUGAAUACUACAUUUCUGCCAAUAUAAUAUAAUGCUUCUCCCCACAUAUCUUUCGCUAAUCCACUUUCGUAAAGCAAAGUUCUGACCUUUUCCAUUAAAGAUCUGUUCAUACGUUCACUUACACCAUUUUGCUGCGGUGUGUAUGGAACAGUGAACGUCAUUCUAACACCAUUUCUUUUGCAAUGAGCUUGAAAUUCGUUACUUGUAUAUUCCCCUCCAUUAUCACACCUUAGCAUUGAAAUACGUCUUUCGAAGAAUGCUGUCGCCAUUGCUUCGAAUUCUUUAAAUUUCUCGAAAACCUCCGAUUUCUGUUUCAUGAGGUAAACCACGAGAAAGUGCGUAUAAUCAUCUAUAAAGGUUACAAAGUAACGAUAGCCAUCAUAGGUUUCCUGCUCCAUGCUUCCACAAACAUCCGAAUGUAUGAGUUCCAGUGGUCGUUUUGAUCUUGGCAGCUGCAAGUGUUUAAAUUUGGAUGCAGCCUGCUUCCCCGCCAUACAACCAUCACAUACAUUUGUUUCACUAAUAUUUCCAGAAGUUAGAUUGAUACCCUCAACCAUUCCCUUCUUAAUUAGUUUCUCCAAACUCGUAUCACUGAUAUGGCCAAGUCUUUUAUGCCAUGUUUCCAAACUCACCUUCUUUCCGAACAAUGCUAAGUUUGUUCCAUCUUCCGCCGACUUUUCUUCCCGAAAUAGAUCAAGGUGGAAUAAACCAUCAACGAAGAUUCCUGAAGCAAUUACUUCAUCUUCAAAUUCAAAGAUAACCUCUUCAUCCGUAAAAGUAACCCUUUUACCAUUUUUGCUAACCCUUCUAACCGAAAGGAGAUUUUCUUCAAGACCCGGAGUAAAAAGAACGUUGUACAAUUUCAAUUCUUUUAUUGUAUUGUUACCCACAACACUCUUUAAUCGCAUUUUUCCAACUUUUGUUGCCCGUAAAUUCUGGCCCGCUUUCGCCGUCGAAAUGGUGAUUGGCUUCUCUAAUUCUUGGACAUCUUCCAGCAGCUUCUCGUCAUUAACCAUAUGAUCGCUUGCUCCUGAGUCAAUUACGAAUCUGACUCUCCUACCACGAUCCGCUUUGGUCAUCAUUGCAAAGCUCUUUUUAGGCUCCAUCUUUUGCUGCUUCUUGAACUUAUCUUUCUCCUUCGCGUUAAACUUUUUCAUUAGUGGGCAUUUAUUUUUAAAAUGCCCAGUUUCGUUGCAACCGAAGCAUCGGGUUACCUCUCUCCUUGGCUUGUACUUUGAAGACAGCGCAACGUUUUUCGUUUCUGUCUGCUUCUCUUCCCCAGCUUCAGCAUCAAUAAACAUUCGUUUGAUCUCCAUGAUCGGCUUGGCACACAGUUCUUCAUUCGUCAGUACCAUCAGAGCGCCUUUGACGUGUCGGUACUUGUCUGGCAUGGAGAUCAGUAGAGCAUGAACUUUUUCCGAUGCUGUCAUUUUUGAACCCAUACGAUCUAGCUCGCGAAUAAUCAGAUCGUACUCAUCAAAAAUCAUGGACAAUUUGUCGUGAUGUCUUUGUUUGAUGGUAUACAACCGGUCCCGCAUAUUAACCAUAGCGGCUGUACCGCCCUUUUGGUACGUUCUGACCAGAGUAUCCAUGGCUUCUUUCGCAUAGUUGAGCCCAAUGAGUUUAUUCAAAACAUCAUUGUUGACCAUCAUGACAAUCUCGUCCAAUGCUUCGACGUCGUCAUCAAGCCGUUUUCUGAGCUUAGCCUUCCUGGCUGUUUCUAGCUCUUCCGAGGCACCUACUACUGGUUCGUAGAAGUCCUCUUCUUCGGGCGUUCGUAGCAACGUGUGCUGGAGUUUCAUCUUUAUAAGAUGAUGUUCCAUUCGCCAUUUCCAGGCUGGGAACCGCAACUCCGAACCGUCGAAUAUCGAUUCGCGGUUGACGCUACCGAAGUAUGCCGUCGUCGGCACGGUGCGCUCGAGAGUUCCCCUCUCGUAGCCACCACCUCUUCUGUCCUCGAGAGUAACCCUCUCGGCAGAUCCUCCAGCUUGCUGCUGGGUUGCCAUCCUCUCGGCAGAUCCUCCAGCUUGCUGCUGGGUCGCCAUCCUCUGCUUGCUCCCGAAACGCUGGUGCUCGCUGGAUGCCGUUUCUUCCCGAAACGCUGGUCCUCGCCGGAUGUCGCUUCUGUCCGAAACGAUGGUUCUCGCUGGCCGUUUCUACCCGAAACGCUGGUCCUCGCCGGAUGCCGUUUCUGCCCGAAACGCUGGUCGUCGCUGGAUGCCGCUGCUACCGGAACGAUGGUUCUCGCCGGCCGUUUCUACCCGAAACGUGUAUCUUCCAAAACAACUAUUUUACAAUAGUCCAGGUGGCUAGUUCCAGUUAACUACUGGGCCCAUAACCUGUUGAUAAUACCGUAAGAAAACACGAAGUAUUUCUGUAGGUAGGUUUGAGAUAACUUUAUUUGAUUCUUGUUCGUCAAGUUAUAUAAUGCUAACAUAGUUCGAUAUCGAUUGAUAUUUCAUGCACUGUUUAUCACAGUCCCUUAUUGACUGCCGUACCCUGUCAUACCCUCUGCCUAUAGUAAACAACACAUCCAUGCGCGGCGUCCAUAUGCAAAAGCUCAAGUUACCCACUUGAAGCUUUUGUCACAUGACGUUCUGUCAGAUGACAUCUCAGAGCUUUUUAUAGCACGUUCCAUAUGACAGUUCUUACUGUCAACUGCCGUCCCGUGAAUGGCAAAUUGUUUAUAUACAAAGAAUAUUUCGUACGUAUAUCACUGCGAAAUAUUCUUUUUCAACAUUUUACACACUCUUUGAACCCUAACGUCUGUUAUCUGUGGUUUAGCUAAAUAAGUGUGCAAAAUGAGUAAUAGUUCAUCUCGGAACUGUUAGGAUGUAUUUUACCUCCGGUAUUUGAUAAUGUCACAUUGAAUCUGGUAGGCGCUUUGUUGGCACAUACAAUAUCCCAUCUGAGUCGAACAAAUUAACUGAAAGAAAUCAACGAUGAUAGAAUUAAACUCAAAGAGGAAACCAGUACCGUAAGUGUCUACUAUAGGUGUAAAAUUUGUUAAACGAUGUUACAGACAAACUAAACGAAGCUCGCAUUCGUUGAAGAUACGGAAGAUGCAAGUUCCAUUACAACUUUGUUGUUAAUACGAAUGCACCAAACCACGGUGCAAAUAACCGAUAACUUUGUUAAGCAAUACCAUUUGGACUUUGAAUCUUAAAGCAGCCUGUCAUCACUAGAUCUCUCAAUUGAGGGGUACGAAAUGCUUAACCAAGCCACCUUGAAAAUUAGAUAAAAAAUAAUGCCACAAACUGAUUCUAACGUUGAACUUCCUGUUACUGAAAACAAAAUUGUUGUAUAGUUUUUAGAUGUAGAUAAUUAUUGAAACUGUACUCGAGUGCAAACAACGGAAUUAACUAUGGAAACGAACAAAUUUCAAUACUACCUACCUAAAUGAAAAUUAAUAUUGUUAGAAAGAGAUAACAUAGUGCAGACGUUGAAUGUGAUAGGUUUUGCCGUAGAAACUGCAAGAAUAGGCUUAGGACGUUUGGAAAGGUUUUGCAGAAACAAGCACGAAAGAACCAGAGAAAUGUUCAAUAGAUCAAUUUUUAUAAGUGUAGGCAACAGAAUCAAAUUUCUAUAUGUAAACUUUGACAAUUGAGGAUCGACUAAAACUCAGAAAUUGUGUUGAAAACAACUGUAAUGUAUAGUGGAUUGUGUCAGAAUAUCAAACGACAAACCGAUCAAAAUAAACUUACUCCUUCUACAUGGUUAGAAUGUU